AUGGCAAAUACACUCGCCCCAUAUCUUAAUGCAAUCCGUAGCUCAUUGGACUCGGCGCUAUGUUUGCGUAACUUUCCGUCGCAGACAGUGGAGCGUCAUAACAAACCGGAAGUCGAAAUGCAAAUGAGCAAGGAGCUCGUGUUGAAUCCAGUGCUUCUUUGCCGCAAUGAACAGGAAAAAUGCCUUAUUGAACCGUCUAUUAACUCGACGCGAGUGAGCAUUUGCAUUAAAAAGGCUGAUGAGAUUGAGACUAUUCUGAGCCAUAAGUUCAACCGCUUCCUCAUGCAGCGUGCUGAGCAGUUUAUUGUCAUGCGGCGAGUACCCGUGGAUGGCUACGACAUGAGCUUCCUCGUAGUACAUCAGCAUCUUGAAAAUAUGUACAAACACAAGCUCAUUGACUUUAUCAUUACCUUUAUGGAGGACAUUGACAAGGAGAUAAGCGAGAUGAAGAUCUCUCUCAAUGCUCGUGGCCGUAUCGUCGCGACUGAGUUCAUGAAGCAAUUUACCUGA